GUCCGACCGGCUCCCCACCAGCCGCCGAUAUGAACAUCCGCAAUGCUCGGCCAGACGACCUGAUGAACAUGCAGCACUGCAACCUUCUUUGCCUUCCCGAGAACUACCAGAUGAAAUACUAUUUCUAUCAUGGCCUUUCCUGGCCCCAGCUCUCCUACAUUGCUGAGGAUGAAGACGGGAAGAUUGUGGGCUAUGUUUUGGCCAAAAUGGAGGAGGACCCAGAUGAUGUCCCUCAUGGCCAUAUCACCUCACUGGCCGUGAAGCGUUCACACCGGCGCCUCGGCCUGGCCCAGAAGCUGAUGGACCAGGCCUCCACCGCCAUGAUAGAGAACUUUAGCGCCAAAUACGUGUCUCUGCAUGUCAGGAAGAGUAACCGGGCAGCUUUGCACCUCUAUUCUAAAACCCUCAACUUUCAAGUUAGUGAAGUGGAACCCAAAUACUACGCAGAUGGGGAAGAUGCUUAUGCUAUGAAGCGGGAUCUCUCACAGAUGGCAGAUGAGCUGGGAUGGCAGCUGGAGCUGAAAGAGAAGGGCAAGUAUGUGGUGCUGGGCUCCAAGGAGAACCAGGAGACUCAGGGCAGCACACUUCCUGGUUCUGAAGAGGCCUGUCAGCAGGAGAACCCGGUUGCCAGUUCUAGUGGCAUUGACAGCAAGGAACCCAGCGAGUCUACGGAGAGCUCCGGUGCACAGGACAGCACAGAAGACUCAGAUUCCACCUCCGAGAUCCUGCUCGAGGUCUCACAGAAAGGAAAUAUAACUUAUAGAACCGGAAACAUUGCAUCUAACUUAUCAAGAGCUAAAAAGGCCUCUCAUUUGAGUUGAAGCUUUCUUUGGAGUGGAGUAGGAUGGAAUACAACUUGAAGAUGGCAAGAAAAUGUAUCUCAGUUUCUCUACUUUUAAAAUAGGUUCUUUGGGGGUAAAUCUCAGUCUUUCAAUGUUUUCCUUUCUCCUUUUUCUCCUGACAGAAAGAGCCUUUAGGUGUAAGGAGAGGUUCGUGUGUCCUUAUUACAGGAAGGAGAGAGAGACCCAGAUCUGUGUGUUGUUCUUUGUGCUGUCAUCUGAAUUCUCAGUGACUUCCAUGGAGAUGUAUCUAGUCCAAAUGGGUUACUGGGUACCUUGUUGUUGAUCUGUUGCUGAGGUCAUUGUUUAAGUCAAUAUUCAGCUCUUUUAGAAUGGUCAGAGCCUAUAGCCCUCCCUUGCUCACCUACUGUCUCGUCACUUGUUAACAGCAUUGCAGGUCCUUGUGUCUCAGCCACAUCUAUCCUCUGAACUCUGGCUUAGCCUGUCUGCUCUGCAGCAUCUGCUCUGGGGACAUCCCGCAGUGACCCAAAUGGCUUCUCACUCUCGACUCUCAACAACCACCUUUUACAUACCCUACCGAGAUCAUGAAGGAAUAUCUGGAUACGAGAGCCUGCUGCGCAAGAGUCGGAGAAGUUUGAGGCCUGCCUUAUAGAACCUUCCUUGGCCUACUUAUGCCAUACCCCAAUUUUAUUCUACUGUAGUGGUCCUGGGUUGGA